AUGCCGCUUGAUAUUUUCGUUCCAACUCUUCUGGGCGUUGUUAUCGCAAGCAUGGUUGAUACGGCUUGCUUCGAGAAAAAUUCCCCCUCCGGUUUCGCCAUCCUCAAUUGGGAGGGCGUUCGUGCGAAUGAUCCCGAUAUAUUGCUCGAUGGGAUUCUUGUAGGGGUAGAUGUUGUGCAAACUGAGGAAGGCUUAUCGCUCUUGUUCAGUGAGCGCAUUGACUUGCUGGCGGACGCUUUUCUGCAGUUCUUCGUUGCCCAGCUGGUCGCGGUUAUGAGGGGUUUGGAUAACGGGCUCUUCGCAGAGAAUUCGCGUGCCCUGUAG